AUGUCGCUCGUGUCCGGCGAGAAGACGAACUUCCAGUACAUUCUGCGUCUCCUCAACACCAAUGUUGAGGGUAAGCAGAAGAUCAUGUACGCCCUGACCCAGAUCAAGGGUGUCGGUCGCCGCUACUCCAACUUGGUCUGCAAGAAGGCCGAUGUCGACCUCAACAAGCGUGCUGGUGAGCUUACCACCGAAGAGCUUGAGCGCAUCGUCACCAUCCUCCAGACCCCCACCCAGUACAAGAUCCCCUCGUGGUUCCUGAACAGACAGCGCGACAUCGUCGACGGCAAGGACACCCAGGUUGUCUCCAACGGUCUCGACAGCAAGCUCCGUGAGGACCUCGAGCGCCUGAAGAAGAUCCGUUCCCACCGUGGUCUCCGUCACUACUGGGGCCUCCGUGUCCGUGGUCAGCACACCAAGACCACUGGCCGCCGUGGUCGCACCGUCGGUGUCAGCAAGAAGAAGGGCUAA